UCGACCUCCCAAAGUGCUGGGAUUACAGGUGUGAGCCACCACGCCCGGCCCGCAAUUUUUUUUCAAAGCCAAACCCUCUGUGAAUCCAUCCCCGAUACUCUCAAGCAGGUGAGAGAACGAGUUUCAUCACAGGAUCACCAGCAAUUUAUAGCAAAAUUUUCAAUUAAAAAUUAUUAAAAUUAAUUUUAUAUUUAAAAAUUGGCAGGUGAAACAUGGCACCAGGAUGUUGUUUUAACUUUUUUUUUUUUUGCUAAUGUCAAAUAUUUUUUCAAGUUUACUAAUCGGCUUUAUUUCCUCUUUUGAAAUGCUGGUCUCUGUUGCUUCAUCUUGAAAUAUAUAGAUAUUUCAUCUAUAUGAAAUAUAAAUAUUUACAUCUAUAACUUCAUAGACACUCUAUCUAGAUUUCAUCUAGAUAUAUAUUUCAUCUGUCUAUCAAGAUGAAACAACAAGGAUGGCAGGAGCCAGGCCCAGGUGGAAAGAAGAGCGGGAGGAACUGGCCCCUGCAGCAGGGAGCACUGCCACCCAGCCUCUAGGCUAGAGGUUAUGGGACCACUCUAGACCUGGGAGGAACACUGGCCAAAGCAAGAAAACUGGGACCACAGGUGGAGUGCACGACGGGAUGGGAACCAAGCUGGAGGAGUGGGAGCUGACAUUUAUCCAGAGUGGCCAUUUAUCAGGCUUACCUGAUAAAUGCGGAAGGAUUGUCAUCCUCGUGUCACAGGUGAUGAAAGGGUGGCAGGUCAUACUUUAUUAGGGUUGGAGAAGCAGGAUUAGAACCAGCACAUGCAGCCCAUAGUCUUUGCACAGGAGCUCACUGCUGAGCAGAGAGGGCACAGAGAAACCCCAGGAAAGAAGCGUCAUAAAUAAUGGCCAACAAAAGAGAGGAGGGAGGUGGCAGGCUCCAUUCUGAGGAAAAGCACUGAGGACCUGCAGAGAGGAUGGGACAGCGGCAGGAGUGAGGGUGGCUGCCGCAGCUAGAACAGCCAGUCCUGACAGCUCAAGCAGACAGGGCGGAGCAGUGCCCCUGGAGGAAAGGCCCGGCCUUCAGCAAACUGGGGUUCCAGGCCUACCUACUUGGGUACGCCCCAGUUCUGUGACCUGGGCAAGUUCUCUUCCUCCUCUGAGCCUCAGUUUUCUCCUCUGAGCCUCAGUUUCCUCCUCUGCUUAGCAGAGUAAAAACACGCCUUUUGCCUUGCACCGAGGUUUGCGCACCCCAUAUUUGACAAUGCGCCUGUUUUUCUGGCACAUCUGGUUGUGCAAUGUCAGCAUCUACAAGCCGCUGAGCAGCGAAAGCGGAAACACCUACAGGGCACUCCUCGGGCCCACCCACCUGCGGGAGGCGCCCUGAGACCGAGAGGCCGCAGCGCCCGGGGCCUCUGCCGGCUGCCCCUCGCCUCCCGCACGGAGCUCGCUCGGGGAACGCCCCCAUCCACUGCCCUCCACAGCCUCAGGGACAAGGGCGAGGCCAGGGGAGCAGAGGGAGCAGUCAUGGCGGAGCUGGAGGCUGUGGCCGACGAUCUAGACGCCCUCAUCGACGACCUGGACUACCUCCCGGGCCACUUUCACCUGGAGAUGCAGUUGAACUUUGAGCCGCGCUCGCCGGCCCCACAGCGCGCCCGGGACCUGAAGCUGCAGCGGGAGGGUCUGCGGCAGGAGCUUGAGCUGGCGGCCGCCCCGCAGCGCCCCGCCGUGCGUCACCUCCUGGGCGCUUUCGCAUUCUACCUGGAGGAGCUGGACGAGGCCCGCGAGUGCUUCCUCGAGGUGGCCCACGAGCACCCGGGCAACCUCAACGCCUGGGCCAAUCUGGCACAUGUGUACGGGCGGCUGGGCCAGGAGGAAGAGGAGGAGGCGUGCGCCGCGCGGCUGGCCGGCCUCAUGGGCCUGGCGGAGGAGCCCGAGGCCGCCGGGAACCCCCAGCUCCGCGCCGCUCGCUGCCUGGCCGAGCAGGGCUACGCGCACGGCUUUGACGUGGGCUGCGCCAGCCCAGAGGAGCGUGCGCGGGGGCUGGCGGCAGGCAUCGCGCUCUACGACAAGGCGCUAGGCUACGGGCAGCAGAUCCCGAUGGAGGAGAAAAGGGGCUGGUAUUUCACCAUGGCAACACUCUACAUCAGGCUAGAUGGCCUCUUCCUGGAGCUGGGCAGUGAGGAGAAGAAGAGACUGCCUGCCUUCAACCGUACACUGGCCCUACUCCGGCAAGUGCUCAAGUCCGAGGACCCCCGCCACCGAGCCCUGGCCUGGUGCUACCUCGGGAUGCUGCUGGAGCGGAAGGACACCUUCUCCACCACCCCCAUGGGCGUCCACGACUGCGGGUACUCAGGGACCGACCCUCUGGACUGCUUUGGCAAGGCCAUCGAGAUUGCCAAGAACCAACCUCCCAUCCUGAAUCGCCUGGCCAAAAUCUUUUACUUCCUGGGAAAGCAGGAUAUGGCCACUGGGACCUGCAACAUGGCCCUGGAUGUCCUACGAGAUCCAGAGCUCAACUGGCAGGCAUACUGCACAAGGGCCAAGAGACGAGGUCUCACUAUAUUGCCCAGGCUGGUCUCAAACUCCUGGGCUCAAGCAGUCCUCCCACCUCGACCUCCCAAAGUGCUGGAAUUCCAGGUGUGAGCCACUACACCCAGCCGUGUAAGGCUUUUGAGUGAAAGAGUGCAGGAGCCUCCACUCACUGCAGGAAUCCCUUCUACAAUUCCCGGUCAGUGAGCCCCCAGCCUCUUCUGGAUUGGCACGGGUGGAAUCAGACUGACCAGAGUUGAAAUCUGGCUUCUCCGCCUUGUGGAACUUGCGGCAAGCUACUUACCCCCCUAAACCUCAGUUCCCAAAUCUGUAAGUUAUAAAUAACAACACUUUCCUUAAGAUGUUGUCAACAGACACAGUGAGGUAGCUUCUAAAGCACAGUGCCUUAGACAUAGGAGGUGCUUUUCUGAAAGCCAGUAGAGGUCAUUUAAUAUAGUGGAUCAGAGCUCUGGCUCUGAACACAGACAGCCUUGGUUCAAAUCCCACAACACCACGUGCUAUGGGACCUUUGGCAAAAUACUCUUACCCAGAUUCUGAGCCUCAAUUUCUUUAUCUGUAGACUGGAGUUGUUAUGAGAAUUAUAUUAGGUUUUGUAUGUAAAACUCAGCAUCAAGCACACAGUAAGAUUUCAUAAGAGACUGACUGCUACUAAUUUAAUAUUAGGCAUAUUUUUGAAUUAUCUCACUGUCUCUUGAUGCAGUCCACUGCACAGUCAUUCAGCUCGGCAAGUUACACACUUAGGUGAGGUCUGCCUCCUGCUAGCUUCCCACACUGGUCCCAGACCUGCCCCCUAGAGCCCACACAGAGACCACGUGCUUCAGGAAGCCGACUCAGAGCUCCGAGUUUACUUCACUGCAAGCCAGAGAGUCCCCCCAUUCCCUCAUCUUCUCCACUACCAUCCACAUGACCUAGUGGCAAAUCUACUCCUAGUCUUGGUCUCAGUGGCUUAAUUACUUUGCCAGCAGGUACGAGGCAGGAGUGAAAUUCCUUCACUGUCGUGGAUGUGGUUAUUAUUAGAGAUAAUAAUGACAUUAACCAUAAUAGUAAAUAAUAAAAUAUUUCUAUAAAAUUCUGAAUUUCAUCAAGCA